AUGGCCGAGCACCGAGUGGCCGUGAAGCAGGAAGUCAAGACUGAAGUCAAGCCCGAGUCCGGCACAGCGCCAACCGAUUCUUCGGUCCGCAAUGUCCCUAGUCUGAACGCCGCCAUGUUUUUCCGGCGACUCGAGCGCCUCUAUAGCUCCUGGAAGACAGAUAGUGCUUGGGGCGGCGUGGACUCGUUCUGCGUGCUGGCUGGUCGCGCCCAACAAGAAGAGUCUGGCUACCGCAAGUCGGCCGUGCUGCAGAUCUACUUGCUGGGCUUCCUCGAGUUCCCUGAGACGCUGAUGGUGUUUACACCUGCGAAACUUUAUAUCCUCACGGGCGGCAAGAAGUAUACAAUGUUGGAGGAAGUGGCUCACGCCAGUCCUUCGUCGUCCAGUGUUCAGCUCGAGCUGCUCAAGCGGAACAAGGGAAAAGACAAUCAAGCCAAUGUGAAGGUGCUGCUGGACGCGAUCAAGGCCAGUGGACCGAAAACAGGCAUGCUGACCAAGGAAAAUCCACUGGGAGACUUGGUGGCGAGCUUUAAGAAGGCACUGGAGGCUGCUACUGACGUGGAGCAAGUGGACGUGAGCAAGGGUAUUGAGACUGUGCUGACGGUGAAAGAGAGUGAAGAGCUGGAAAACAUUCGAUGGGCGGGUGCCUUAUCGAGUAAGGUAUUUAAGCUCAAGUUUAUGGAAGACAUGGAGCAGAUUAUUGACGACGAGAAGAGCAUUAGUCACGAAAAGAUUUCGAUGGCGAUCGAAGACGUGUUUGACCACCCAGGCAAGAUCAAAGUGACGAUUGAUCCCGUGGACAUUGAGCCGUGCUAUCCUCCAAUUGUGCAAUCGGGAGGCAAGUAUGACCUGAAACCCAGUGCACAGAGCAACCGCGACCCGAUGAAGUACGAUGUGAUUGUAUGUUCACUUGGUGCGCGGUACAAAGGGUAUUGUUCGAACGUUGGACGGACAUUCUUUAUUGACCCGACGAGCUCGAUGGAGAAGUCGUACGAACUGUUGCGGGAGGCGCACGAAUUGUGCGUGAAGGAGCUGCAGCCUGGAAAAGUGGUAGGCAAAGUAGUAGAGAAGGUGCGCAAGUUCAUCCAGUCUAGGAACGUCACGCUGUUUGGCAAGCUCACGAAGAAUCUCGGAUUUGGUAUCGGAUUGGAGUUUCGCGAGUCCUGCAAUCUACUCACUGGCAAGAACCAGACAGUGAUCAAAGAAGGCAUGGCUUUCAAUGUGGCUUUCGGAUUCAACGAUAUCCCGAUUCCAGAAUCGCAGCGCAAGAAGAAGAAAAUCGACAGCUACGCGGUUUUUCUUGCCGAUACUGUAGUGGUGCUGGAGAACGAAACAAAGUAUUACACGAAGGUACCAAAAGCAUGGAGCAAAGUGCGAUACGACAUUGACGAUGACAACGAUGAUGCAGCGGAAGAAGAGCCCAAGAAGAAGUCCAGCAAAGGCAAGGGAAGCUCAGUUCAUGCCUCAGUUGACACGUCGCUGUCUGGUACGCGCAACCAAGUGUUGCAGUCGCGUCUGCGUGAUCAGCAACGACAACUCGAGGGUAAAGAAACGGACCAGGAACGCCGUGAUCGUCAUCAGGCUGAGCUUAUGCGUCGGAAGCGCGAAGAGGCUAUGCGACGAUUGGAGGAGCAAAACAGCGAUAAGUCAGAUGAUCCGAAGAAGGAGAAGAGUAUCAGGGCUUACUCGGGUCCACAAGACUAUCCGUCCGAGCUGCGUGAGCGACAAGUAAUGGUGGACAUGCGUGCCGAGGCAGUUAUUCUGCCCAUCAAUGGAGUUCCCGUACCUUUCCACAUCUCGACGAUCAAGAAUGUGAGCAAGUCCGAAGAAGACAAGGCGACGUACUUGCGUAUCAAUUUCUACGUGCCCGGCACGUCGUUAGGACGUGACGUUCUCCCGGCCAUGGCAAACGCGAUCAUCAAGCAUCCGGACAAGAUGUUCAUUAAGGAGCUUGGCUUCCGCUCAUCUGACGCGCACAACCUAAACAACCAGUUUCGUCUGAUCAAGGAGCUUCAGAAGCGCGUAAAGCAACGUGAGCAGCGAGAACAGGAAGAGUCCGACCUAGUCGUACAGGAGGACUUGAUCCUGACACGUGAUCGCCGCGUGCCACGCCUAAUUGACCUGUCGGCUCGACCGCAUUUGACGGGUCGAAAGACGCAUGGUACACUGGAGGCGCACUCGAACGGCGUACGCUUUAUGACGAACAAGAACCAAAAGCUCGACAUUCUGUACGCAAAUAUCAAGCACGCGAUCUUUCAGCCUUGCGACAAGGAGCUCGUCGUGCUGAUUCACUUCCACUUGAAGAAUCACAUCAUGAUCGGCAAGAAAAAACAGAAGGAUGUGCAGUUCUACACGGAAGUGAUUGAGGGUUCGCAGACACUUGACAACCGACGGCGGUCAAUGUACGACCCGGACGAACUCGAUGAGGAAAAUCGCGAGCGUGCGCUGCGCGAGAAAUUGAACACGACUUUCAAAGAGUUUUGUCACAAGAUGGAGGGCGUAUCGGAGCGACACGGAAAGUCGGUAGUGUUUGACAUUCCUUACCGGGAACUAGGUUUCAUGGGUACACCGUUCAAGGAGAUGGUGCUGCUGCAGCCGUCGGUGCAUUGUCUCGUAAGCCUCACGGAUAUGCCGUUCUUUAUCAUUUCAUUGGACGAGGUGGAGCACGUCCACUUUGAGCGCGUCAUGUUCUCGUCCAAGAACUUUGACGUUGUGUUUGUAUUCAAGAACUUCGAUGUCAUGCCAAUGCGGAUCAGCGCUGUGUCCAUGGGUGAACUUGAGCGCAUCAAGGAGUGGCUAGACGACAUUGAUAUUUGCUUCACCACGGGUACUGCGAACCUGAAUUGGAAGAGUAUCAUGGCUACGAUCAAGAGCGACCACCGCUUCUACUUGGACACCGAUGACGAUGGCGUGCCGAAGCCGGCUGGAUGGGAGUUCCUCAAGAUGGAAGGCUCGGAUGACGAGGACGAAGACGAGGAAGAAGCCGGUGAUAGUAAUUACUCGGGUGGCUCGGACGACGAUGUGGACGAGAGCGAAUCGAGUGAUUCUGAUGGCUCGGACUGGGAGUCUAUUGUGGACGAGGACUCGUCAUCUGCCGCACAGUCCGAAGAGGAGGAGGACGCGCCGUCCUGGGACGAGCUGGAGAAGGAAGCGCAGGCGUCAGACCGCAUGCGCAAUGAGAAGCGUGGACCUGACGACGAAGAUGAAGACUACCGCCGUUCGUCCAAGAAGAAAAAGUCACGCCACCACUAA